AUGGCGUCCCGCAUGAACAACAAAGUGGCCGCUUACGGGUCAAGAACAAAGGACCCCAGAGCAAUCAUUGUGGACGCCUUGUCAGUGAGAUGGGACUUUCAUCUAGCUUAUGUGUUUCCUCCGAUCCCCUUGUUACCCAGUGUGGUGAUGCACCUACUUCUAGCUGCUAUAAAUGUGGGACACCAUAAACAGAUAUUAUCUGUGAAUAAUAAUACAGUUAUUUUAUCUCCAGCAGAUGGCGGCACAAGCAGGAAUGCCUUGGAGGGAUAUCUUAUCUUGCCUGCAGAUACUGACAUAGAAGAUAACAUCACACAGGAUACUCCAGGAUACAGCCCCGUUAGGCUAAAUAUACAUCCAGUACCUCUCAGUGCAGAUAUAUCAUCUGAUCCCCCUAACUGCGAGGACUGUUCUCCUAAUACCUCAGAUUUUGUUACACAUCGUGCAGCUUAUACACCUGAUAAAGUAUUUCCCUGUUCCGAGUGUGGGAAAUGUUUCACAAAGAAAUCAAAACUAGUUGCACAUCAGAGAAGUCACACAGGAGACAAACCAUUUCCAUGCUCUGAGUGUGGGAAAUGUUUCGCACAUAAAUCGGCUCUAGUUAUACAUCAGAGACGUCACACAGGUGAGCAACAAUUUCCGUGCUCUGAGUGUGGGAAAUAUUUUUCACGCAAAUCAGAUCUAGUUAGACAUCAGAGAAGUCACACAGGUGAGAAACCAUUUACAUGCUCUGAGUGUGGGAAAUGUUUUUCACUGAAAUCAAAUCUUGUUGCACAUUUGAGCUAUCACACAGGUGAGAAACCAUUUCCAUGCUCCGAGUGUGGUAAAUGUUUUACACACAAAUCAGAUCUUGUUAAACAUCAGAGACUCCACACAGGUGAGAGGCCAUUUCCAUGCUCUGAGUGUGGGAAAUGUUUAACACAGACAUCAGCUCUUGUUAUACAUCAGAGAACUCACACAGGAGAAUAACCAUUUCCAUGUCCUGAGUGUUGGAAAUGUUUUACACACAAAUCACAUCUUUUUAGACAUCAGAUUUAACACAGUAGAAAAGCAUUUCUAUGAGCUGAUACAAAACAGGUUUGUAGCACAGCUCCCGUCACACAGUACUUGAACAAUUUAAGUUAACCAUCCGCAGAAAAAUGGAAUGAAUGUCAUAUAAGACUGGAGUAGAUUACUUGGGUUAAACUAAAGUGUAAUAACAGACCACAUUAUUGUUUUGUAGCAUCUACAUCUUGUGCAUUUCAGUUAAACACGUAACAAGAUAAAUUUGCAUUAUUUUUUAAAACAGAUUUUUUUAUGGAAACUCGGGUAAAAUCCAACUUUCUCCGGCAGGGUUCACAGGAUAACAAUGGGAUAUCAUGGAGCGUCAGCAGAUGGGCACCAUUCAAUCAAAGCUUUCUGGCCUCCCAGGAUGCAAUGGGCCCGUCAAUAUAUCCCCGCCCA